AGAAGGAAACGUCAUGUUCCUGGAAGUGUGCAUUUGGUACGAAAAUAAAUCUAGGCGGGAUUAUACAUAGCUAACGUUACUUACUCGUCACAGAGUUUCUGAAUUAUUUUCUCAUUUUGGGUUUAGCGAAUCAAAACUGUAAGAAACUAACUACUGUUUAUCAAGAACUGUCAUCAUGGCCAAUUUGAAUGAAGCUGAUUUACCACCAAAUCUGACUUGUCUCAAAAAUGUUGAUACCAUUCUCCGAUGUCCCAUUUGUUUCGAAUUCCUGAGUAUCGCAAUGAUGACCAAAUGUUCUCACAACUUCUGCUCUUUGUGCAUAAGAAAAUUUCUGUCCUACAAAUUACAAUGUCCAGUAUGCAAUUCACCUACAACAGAACAGGACCUAAGAAACAACCGGAUACUGGAUGAUCUGGUCACAAACUUUAAAUCUGCAAGACAGCAGUUGUCAAACGCUAAUUUUGACUCGCCUCCAAUAUCCCGGAAGACCCCGGCCUCAUCUGUCAAGUGUAAAAAACCUAGACAGACCACGGGCCCCAAGAAGGAGGCAUCCAUCUUCAAUCACUUUUUCCGAAAGGGGCCCACCACCUCCACAACUUCUCUCACGACAGAGGCCCCGCCAGCACAGCAACCUAUUCCCUGCAGAAAGAGACUGUCUGGCACUCCUCUACGUAGCCAUACUGUGAAGGAGAGCCCCCGUCCUACACAGACUGUGAAAGUAGACCCUGAUCAUCAGGUCUCUGUGAAGGAGAAGCCCAUUGAGGACAUACCGGCCCAGGUGCUGGUGUCUGUAAAGAUGGAGAAGAUGGACUUCUCCAUGACAGGGCUGGCGUCCCUGGCUGAUUCACAGUCCUCAUCACAGGACCUGAAUCCUCUAGUUAAAGUGGAGUGUCCUGUGUGUUCUGUGGGCAUCCUUGAACAGUUCAUCAACAAGCACCUGGACAGCUGUCUGACCCAAGGGGAAAAGAAGGAGAGCCUUAGGAGCUGCCUAGGUGCCAAGAGGAAGCCCAUGAGGAAGCUGGUAUACACUCUGCUGUCCAUGCAAGAGCUGAAGAAGAGGCUGAAGGAGUGCCACCUCUCUGCCCAGGGCACCAGAGACCAGCUGGUCAGGAGGCACCAGGACUUUGUACACUUCUACAAUGCUCAGUGCGACGCCCUCGAACCGAAAUCAGCCAAAGACAUCGCCAAAGAAGUGGAGGCCAACGAGAAGGCCAGGAACCAACUGCAGGGGAAAACCAAAUGUGCUAUGGUCUUCUCUAAGAACCAAAGUCUGGGGCAAAUCGAUGAGAUGCAUUCAACUUACAGGAAGCAGCAUAACAGUGAGUUCUCCCGCCUUAUCGCCCAGGUCCGGGGUCGCCUGGAGACUGCGAGGAAGAGGGAGAUAAAGCAGAAAGUGAGGGAUGAGGGAGGAGAGGAGGACCAGGGAGUGGGCUCCAGCUCUGCAGAUAAGGCAGCACAACAGGAACAGAGUGAUCCCAGCCCCAGUGACUCAGAGGCCUGCUGCGUAUCGAUGACAUCACUAGUGGAGGAGCCCUCUGAGAAGCAGCAGCAGCAGCAGCCUUCUGUUGUAGCGGUCAUCUCCAGGUCACCCAGCCCAUGUCUCAGUGAGGUGUCCAUCAGCAGCUCCGUCUCCGACAUCUUCGCUGGCAGAUGCUAUGAAGUUCUGGAGAACGCCUCGAGUGGGAAACGAGCUUCCUGCUCCAAGGAGGAAGAGUCUUCUCCGCCACUUGUCCUGGGAAAACGAGCCCGGAAAUCCUGGGAAGGGGACAGGAAGGAGUCGAGCUGAAAUCUGUUAAACGCCUUCACCUUUCUAUCUAAUUACUUUAAGCAAAUUUUCAGGAUAUAGCAUGUUAUGCAAUACAUUUUACUUGUCAUUUUAUAACGGGGUUGUUCCGCCAAUUAGAUACAUUUUGAGUGGUGAAACUUGGUGGAGAAAACCCCAGUUUAUUUCACCUAAUUGUAACAUUCUGUCAUAAAGAGCACAUAUGUGAAAUUCUGUUUUUUAACACUGGAUAAAAGUAGAGACUCAGAGCUACAAAAUGGUAUAUCAUAUACUGCAUUUUCGAGGAACAAUGGGAAAGUAAUUCUGCAUUGAAACUUGAUACAUUUAUAACCUCACUUUUGAGAAAAGGACCGUUGAAUGUUUUGGUACCUACUGGAGACCUCUCCCUUGUCUAUACCCAUUCAG